CCCAUACGCAAAUGGAGUCAGUUUAGCUUCUUCACAGCAAGAAAUCAGCAAAAAAUCCCAUCAAAAUGAAAUUCGCUAUCGUUUUUGCCGCUCUCUUGGCCGCCGCCUUGGCUGCUCCAGUUGAUGACCCCAAGAACGCCCAAAUCCUCCGUUACGAAAGUGACAAUAUUGGAACUGAUGGAUACAACUUCGCUUUCGAAACCAGCGAUGGAACCUCCCGCCAAGAACAAGCUCAACUUAAGAACGUUGGAACUGAAAACGAAGCUCUUGCCGUCCGUGGAACCAUCAGCUGGGUUGCUGCCGAUGGCCAACAAUACACCCUCAACUUCGUAGCUGAUGAGAACGGUUUCCAACCAGAAGGUGCCCAUUUGCCACGUGCCUAAAUUUAAUGUUACAAACCCGCUAGUCAUGACAAAUCUAUAAUUAAAUAUUUUUUUUUCUAAGA